AUGGAUACAGACCAUAUUGUGACAGCUGAAACAAUUUGGAAGUACAUGUUAUUGGGACAUAACAUGAUCAAGUGUAAUGCUGCAAUAGUACUGGGAAGUCAUGACACUCGUGUAGCUGAUUGGGCGGCUCAGUUGUAUUUGGACGGGUUCACACCUUGUCUGCUGUUUUCAGGUGGCCUAGGAAAUCUAACAAAAGGAGUUUUUAGUCAACCAGAAGCGGAUCUGUUUGCUGAUGUUGCAAGAGGGCGUGGUGUCACUUCUGAUUCAAUUUUCAUCGAAAAUGAGUCGACAAACACUGGGGAGAACAUUCAAUUUUCAUACAAAGUUUUGAUAGACGCUGGCAUUUCAACAGACAAACUCAUUCUUGUACAAAAACCCUACAUGGAACGGAGAACCUACGCCACAUUUGUCAAGCAAUGGCCUGGAGAUGUUGCCAAAGUAAAAUUUGUGCUGACGUCACCGCCUAUAUCUUUUAAUGACUACCCCAAUGAGGAUGUGGGAAGUAUACAUGACGUCAUUCACAUAAUGGUGGGUGAUCUACAACGCAUACUAAUAUAUCCAAACAAAGGAUUUCAGAUUUACCAGGAAGUGCCAACUAAGGUACUUGACGCCUAUGAGUCACUCAUCCAAGCAGGAUACACUAGACACAUGAUACAAACUGGAGAUAUAAACUGACUGAUUAUUUAUAACAUCUAAACUCUACAUCUAGAUCUGUACAUUACAGCUCAGUUUUCUGUUCUCUAUUCAUCUUAUGUGUGUGAAAACAGGUACUAAUACGAUUACACAAAUCAU